AAUGAAGUAAAAGUUGGGUGUGUGUGAGUAUACAACAAUCACUCUCUUCUAAAGCAACUCUCUCAAGUCUCAACUAUACGCAGCUGCAGUCUACUUUCUCAAAUUUUGGUUACUCAAAUCUCAUAUUUUUUCCAUUUCAAUUUGAUUUGAUUUUCUCUUCAAAAUUCUCACUCCAAAUCACUACAAUAAUCUCCAGUUUCUGGAUUGUCUUUGAUUGAGAUCGAUCGGUUUUCUUCUGAAGGAUUUCGCCUACGGAUAAGGUUUGAUUGGAAAUUUAAUGCUACUUUUUCUCUGGAUUAUUCGAAUGUUAUACUAAAUCUGGUAUAUAUGCUGAAUUUGACUGUGUUUUGGUUCAGAUAUAUUAUACUUUGUAAAUUAGGGUUAGGGUUUAUGCAGAACAAGUUGUAAGAUUCUGGGAAGUUUGCGUGGUUAUAAUUGGAAGUACUCUAGUGAUUUUGAGGGUUUUGGAAUCAAAUACAACAAUAAAGGAACUGUGGUUGCUAAAUUGAGUACGAAUUAUGUCCAGGAGACAUGAAGAUAUGAGAUUGAAACCUUCAAUUGUUCCGGCGAGAGAUCAUCGUGAUGAUUUGGAGCAGGAAACUUAUUUUACUUCACGCCGUGGUAGUACUCGAGAAGAUCUUCCUAUGCGUUCUAGGAGGAGUUUGAGUCCUGAAGAAAUGGUGGAGAGAAGUCGAAGGAUUGUGAAUCGGGAUAGAAGGAGUAAUUCACUUGAAAGGAGGAGAGAGUAUGAAGAACAUAUUGAUCGAGUUCGUGGUGGUGGGGGUCAUAUGCUGUCUAGAUCACCUCCAAUCCAACAUUCACAAAAGAGGGAACAUGUCGAUGAAAGGGCUUUCGGGACAAGUCCGACAUCUAUGAGAAUACAUGGGAAAUUGGAAUAUCCUGAGUAUGUGGAAUAUAGUAAUUUGAACACAAAACCUAGACAACCUUACAAUUAUGAUGAUCAUAUGGACGUCGUAAAGCAGAAUGAUUUUAGUGCAAGAAGAUCUGGCACUAGUGGGCACCAUUCUAAGGUUGAUUCUCAGACCAUGGACAGAGAUGUUGGGUUGCGUCCUCCAAAUCAUGGAUUUGCAUCAAGAUAUUCUGAACCUUCUAGUGGGAACUACUCAACUACGGAUAUACACAGAGUUAAGGAUGAGAAUACCCGAUAUCAAGAUGCGAUAUCACAUGAAAAGUUAGUUAAGGACGUUUACUACAAGGAUGGAGAUCAAUCCGCCUAUUAUUCUAGGGAGAGUCAUUAUGUAGAUUCUCCGUUAUCUCAAAUCAAGGACUUUGGUAGUGAAGACUUACUAAAGAAUAUUCCAAGUACCUCCUCAACUAUGAUGGGAAGGGGAGAGUAUUUAACUAAGGUUCGUGAUGUUCGCACUUUGCCGCCUGAUGUGUAUCCAAAACGCUAUGGAAAAGAUUUAGAAUCUCGUGUUAGUGAUGAUUAUGGUCAAAGGAUUCUGUCAGACACUCGAAGAGGUUAUGAAACAAUAUGUAGGGAUGCAAAAUGUUAUGCAUGUGAUGCAUACAAAUCAUCCAGACCUGAACGAAAAGAUUAUCAGUAUCCUGAAAUCAGAGUUAGAGGGGAUGAUGAAAUUGGCUAUGCUAUUCAAGAAAAAGUGUAUACUAAACCACAAUAUGCCCGUGAAGGACAUGAUUAUAGGGAUUCCCUAAGGCCUGAUAGAAUGGACUCAACUGUAGAAAAUAUAGCUAAAGGUGAAGGUUCUUACUCUUCUUCUCGAAGACUCAUUAAGGAUACUGGAGUUCGAGAAUUUGAUGUUAUUCAAAAGGAGAUGGCGCCAGAUUAUGUGGACAAAAGAAGAUCAUCAAGUGCACUAAUACAAGUCGGGGAGUACUUGGAUACUGGGUAUCCUCAUGCUGAGCUAACAAGAAAAGCUUCAAAUCAUCGUCAUGUUUCUGAUCUUGGUGGCUCGCAUGAGCAUGAGUUUGAGGAUCCUUAUUUGGAUUAUGGUUAUGGAAGGUAUGCUCAGAAUGGAUCUGAUAGAACCAGAUUGAAGAAUCCUUCUGAUUUUAAAAAUGUGGAAUUACAAAGAAUUACUGAAGGAUAUGACAGAAAAAAGGCCGAUGAACCUGUAGAUAGGGGCAGGGUGUUCAAACGGAAAUAUAGCAUUGAUGAAGAGGUAAACAGGAUGGAUUCCAGAACUGAGAUCCGUAGUAAAUGGAAUACGCUGAUUGGAAGUGAUGAUUUUCAUGAUUACCAGGUUGAAUGGACCAGUAGGAAACCCAAUGUCAUUCAUUCGAAGAGACCUUCUGGAUAUGAGCGUAGCCACUACUACGAAGAAGAGCAAAUGCCUGAUGGAACCUACAGUCGACAAGACUCUGUUAAUGUUGAUUGGACCUCUUAUGAAGAUCAAUCAGAGAGUAUUCAAGAGAAUUCCGGAAAACCAUAUAAAAUGGGAAACAGGCAUUUCAAAGGAUAUACAAAAUCUGAAUCCUCUAAAAGCUACAGUCAUGUGCACCAUUCACAUCCAAGGAAUACUUGCAACAAGCAACAAAAUCUUAGGCAAAGAAAUGAUAAUGGUAAUAAUAUGGCAAUACCUGCACAGGCUGCUGACAUAAUAGAAGAUUCUGGAGUUCCUUGGAAGCCUGAGCCUUCAGAGGAUACUGAUGGUUUUAAGCAGAGGAUACAAACAGCUUUCUUAGAUUUCUCCAAGAGAUUUAAUGAAAAUCCAACUGCUCGAAAGCUGUACAAGGAGGAAGGAAAGGCCGGUAGUUUGUUCUGCGUUGUUUGUCGCCGAAGUGCAUCAAAAGAAUUCCUAAAUACGAAGGCUUUGGCGACUCAUGCUUAUAUGUCUCACAAGUCUGGGUUGAGGCCGCAUCACUUGGGUCUUCACAGAGCUAUUUGUUUUCUUAUGGGAUGGAACACAAUGCCAGAUCCUGAUUCAGGCACCUGGGUUCCAGAGAUACUCCCCAAACCCGAAGCUUUGGCUCAAAAGGAGGACCUUAUACUGUGGCCCCCUGUUGUUAUUGUUCACAAUAUUUCAUUGUCAAAUAAUGAUCACAACAAAUGGAAGCUCAUAAACAUUGAUGCACUUGGAGAAUUUCUGAGAGUUAAGGGUUUCCAUCUGGGCAAGAUGAAAAUCUGUCUUGGGAAUCCUGGGGAUCACAGUGUAAUGUUGGUGAAAUUCUUGGGUACUUUUUCUGGACUUCAAGAGGCAGAGAGGCUUCACAAAUUAUUUCUUGGGAGGAACCACGGAAGAGUAGAUUUUGAUGAAGCUAUUUCUGGAACUGGGCCAGUUGAUGAGUUGAUGCAAGGAGAUGAUCCAGUUGAGAAGGUACAAGAUAUGCUGCUCUACGGGUACAUGGGGAUUUCUGAUGACUUGGAUAGUGUUGAUUUUGAUACAAAGAAAAGGUGUUCGGUUAAGAGCAAAAAAGAGAUUCAUGAACUUGCAGAUGCACCCGUGAAGCAUGAAUAACUAAAGUAUCUUGUACAGCUAUUCUCUGGUGGGAUUUGUUUUCUCCUGUCAUCGGCUUUUAAGGCAUAAUCUCUCUAGAAAUCUGGAAGAAUGGUGAGUUACUGGGAGGAGCUUAAUCAGGCCAAGUUGGACAAUAUUGCUUUUGUACAGAAAUAGAUACACGAGGGUUUCUGAGAGUUGAUUUCAAUACAAAAACAAUACUGCUGGAAACAGAUUCAACUUUCAGAUGCAACAGAGAAACUGUAGCACUCCACUAUAGCACUCCUCCAUAAACAUUGUAAUUUAUUUUGAUUUCUUUAUGCUGUCUCUUUCCUUUACCCAAGACUACCAGUAUAACAACUAUGAAUGACGAUAAGUUAAGGUCUGGCAUCUCGUAUGUCAACUUUCAGGAUUUUUCAUAUGUAUAUGCCCAGAUUAUUUUAACUUGGAAUUUAUAUAUGGGAUGGUCAUUUCUUGUAA